AUUAUCAAAUCUCAUGUAAAAGCGAGCACUCGCCAUCAUCUUCAUCAUUCCCCGGACGUCUAGGUACCGCCGGCGGGGAUUGUAAUCUCAAAUCUCUUUCUCAUCUUGUAACGGCUCCGCAUAGCUCUUUCUUUAUAGACGCCGUAACUCCUGGUGGUCAUAUCCCUGGCCCCUAUUGUAGUACGUCCGAUCUAACUUGUUUGAUUUGCAUCUUCGAGUCGAAAGUCAAGUCUGAUCGGUCGAGCAGCUUUAUUGGGAACUAGUACACAAAUCUCAUAUGGCUCAGAACGAAGGAAACUUUAUCAAAGAAUUGCGAGAUGCUGAGGGAAAGAAUUUCUCUGACGCUCAACCCCAUAACGAACGACAGUCUGUGUAAAACGAAUUAACCAAACCCUACUGCCUCCGCUUCUUAACUUAUCCAAUUUCCUUCCUAAAUCUCGGUGUCUGCUAUUGCCACCUCCUUACUUUCUUGCCCGACUCUCCGAUCGGCAGCCCUAAUUUGCACAAUGACUGAGUAUUGGGUCAGCCAGGGCAACAAAUGGUGUGACUUUUGCAAGAUCUACAUAUCAAGUAAUCCUGCUAGCAUUAGAAAUCAUGAACUUGGUCAACGUCAUAAAGAUAACGUCUCCAAGAGGCUCGCUACCAUGAGAAAAGAGAGUGCUGCUAAGGAGAAAGAACAAGAAGAAGCAGCACGUGCCCUCGAGCAAAUUGAAGCGAAAGCACAGCGUAGCUAUCAAAAGGAUGUAGCGAAGUUUGAGGCAGCUAGAGAAUCACAUGCACCAGAUGUCCAGGGGGACGGUCAAGAAUGGGAGUUCGACAGCAGUUCAGGCUAUUAUUACCAUCAGACAAAUGGUUUCUAUCAUGAUCCGAAGUCAGGAUUCUACUAUUCUGAUGCUAUAGGCAAGUGGGUGACUCAGGAAGAAGCAUAUGCUUCACCUCACUUUUCUGCUAAUGCUGCGCACAAGGGACCCGCUGUUAAAAAACCGACGUCAGCUUCACUAUCCAAAUCAGUUGAAGAUGGAAGGGCAAAUAAGUCUCAAAGUGGACCUGCACCUGGACCAGUAGUGUCACCUUCAAACCCGAUGAGAUCUACCAAAGCAGCCCCUUCAUCUCUUGCGUUGGGAAAGAGAAAGAAAGCACCAGAUGCAAAAUCCAAGGUUAUGUCCGAAGAAGAAAAAGCAGCUCUCAGGGCAAGAGAGGCUGCAAGGAAAAGAGUAGAAGCGAGGGAAAAACCCCUGCUUGGGCUCUACAGUAAGCCUUACUGACCAAUGACCAUGGAAAAUACUGAUACGUGGAUUUUGAUGGUUAUAAUUUUCACAUUCAAGUUCAACUGGACUUUUCUUAGAUAGCUAGAACCUACCACUUCAUCUAUGAAUCACAAUCAUAAGUGAGCAGAACACCAAUAGCAUGUACAGCUUUUGAUGAGGUAGACCACUACGAUUCAUGGUUGAGGUUGUAAGCUCUAUCUACCCGAGAAUGUCUCAUUUCUUCCUUGUAACUCGGGUUGUAAUCAAUGAGGAUUCUCUGAUUCCUUGUGCUUGUUUCGUUACUGCACCCUGUAUGCUGAAGUGUAACUUAUGAUUCAUUCUUUUGUAGUACAUGCCAAACUCUCAGUUCUUGAGUGA